UGGGCGCUCAGGAUGUAUGUUAGCCUUCCUCUCUUUCGACAUCAUCUCCCGAGAUCUCCGCCAAUGGAAGCCGGCGGCAUUGGAGGCGGCGGAGCAACCCUCUCUGAGAUCUACCAGAGUACGCGGCGAUUACUUCUCCGGACGAGAGAUGGGCUGGAGCGGCUCGAGCGUCUUGAGUCAUCCGCCUCCUCCUCCUCGUAUGCUUCGUCAUCGUCACCUUCGGUCGCGGAUCCGGCGGAGCUCUCCCUCGCGGUCAAGAGAGACAUCACCCAGAUCCGCUCCCUAUGUGCCGAGAUGGAUCGCCUCUGGCGGUCGAUUCCCGUCAGAGGCCAGCGCGAUCUCUGGAAGAGAAAAGUGGAACAGGUGGCAGAAGAGGUGGAUUCACUGAAAGAAAGUCUUGACAAGCAUUCCUUCCGUCAACAAAAGAGGGUGCAGGAAGCUAAAGAACGUGCAGAAUUAUUGGAAAGAGCUAAUGGGGAGUCUGCGCAUAUUCUGAGAAUAUUUGACGAGGAAGCACAAGCAAUGCAAUCCGCACGAAACUCUUCAAUGAUGCUGGAAGAAGCAUAUGCCACUGGAGUGGCUGUUCUGUCUAAGUACGCCGAGCAGAGGGAUCGCUUGAAGAGAGCCCAAAGGAAGGCCCUGGACAUCCUUAAUACCGUAGGGUUAUCUAACACCGUGUUGAAGCUAAUUGAGCGGCGACACCGCGUGGACAAGUGGAUUGCGUAUACAGGUAUGGUUAUUACAGUCCUGGUGGUGUGUGCGUUUGUGUGGUGGAUGCACUGAUGAUGUUCCACAAAAUUUUGCACACACAACUGAUGUGGAGUUUCCACUGGAGGAGACUAUUAGUAAUCUGUUCUCAUUUCUUUGACAUCGUCAAACUGGGAUUAAAUUCUGGUUGAAAUAAGAGUUGUGUACAUGUGAAUGCGUGUCCAAAUAGGAGGCGGCUUGUUGUA